AUGGCAGGAAACGCAAUUGCCUUCCUUUUAACAGGCCUGACCAUGAUUCCCAUGGCGAAAGAGAUGUUCCCAAACCCUCACGCAGCCUCCACAAUUGUCCGCGUAGCCGCCGGCCUGUCAAUGCCCGGAGAAGGCAGUUCCGCGAGUACUGGCGGCAAUACUCCGGGCAUUGGGCUAUUUGAUGAGAAUGGGAACCGGAUCGGCUUCAAAAGUGGUACACGUCAAGGCAAAAUCGGCGACGGCAACUACAAAGACAUCGUUGUGGACCCUAUAAAGGGGGGAAACAACCAUCCUCCGUCCUACCUCAGCGUGUCUGGUGGUUGCGAAGACUCCCUCUGCAUUGCCUACAUCUAUGUCACCCCGCCAAGCAGGGAGUUCUGGGGCUUCUUUGGAGACGUCCCCAAGGAGUAUGGCGCCUCGUGCCCCAGUCUGAAUGAGAAGCCCACCGCGAAGCAGAUCCUGCAGCUCAAAAAGUGGACUGGGGGGUGA